GUUGUUAAAUUAAGACUGUUGAUAUCCAGUUGUACUUUUAAACCUAAGAACUUUAGAAUGAGUGUCGAAAUUAUGAACUCAGUUGGUGCACCAGAAUCUUUAAAUGGGCGAUUUUUUCAAGAAGUUCUUGAAAAUGCCCUUUUUGAAACGGAUCUUAAAAUUCGUAAGCUAUCAUUCGAAAGAGGAAGUGCAAUUGGUGAUAAUUUCUGCAGCCAAAUUUACAGAGUUCAAAUUACUUUCUGUCGAUCAAAUGAUGACAAAAGGCUUGAUGAUUUAUCGGUGAUUGUGAAAAGUAUGCCAACAAGUAAUGAAUUGAAAUUUCUGUUGGACUUGAAAGCCUUCGUAAAGGAGAAGAUCUUCUACACUCACAUGAUUCCACGAUUGGAAAUUCUACUGGAUAAUGUCAAACUUGCCGGAAGGCUGUACUAUGGAGCAAAAGAACCCAUCAAUACGCUGGUAUUUGAAGAUCUUGGUGCUUCAGACUACAUAAUGGGGAAUCGAGCAGAAGGGCUAGAUGUGGACCAUUGUCAGUUAGUUAUGAAAAAACUUGGAUAUCUUCAUGGAUCUUCACUGAUUCUUCACAAGAAGGAUCCAGAUUGUAUGAAGAGCUUCCAUAGCAGUCUUCUAUCUGAAGACUGUCUAAAUGGUUCAGAUACAUUCGAAACAGUCUUUAGAUUUUCAUUUGAUUCCGUUGUAAGACAUGUCAGCACUUGGCAAGGAUACGAGAGUAUAACUAAAAAGCUUCAAAAAUAUGCCACCAAUUUCAAGGAGAAUCUCAUCAAAACACAACUUCCAAUUCCGGGUGAAUUGAAAGUUCUCAAUCAUGGCGAUCUUUGGGUAAAUAACUUCCUUUUCAAAUACAACAACAAAGAAACCAAAGAAUCAGUACAAGAUGUAAUAUUUAUCGAUUUGCAAAUGAGCAUUUUUGGAAGUCCUGGAUUUGAUUUGAAUUAUUUCUUUUACACUUCAAUGCAAUUGGAUGUUUUGAAAGAGAAACGUGAAGAACUUUUGAAGACAUAUUAUAAAUCAUUUUCUGAUACAUUGAAAGCUUAUAAAUAUGAGAAUAUACCAAGUUUUGAAGAUAUACUUUUGGAAGUUAGAAGAAGAGAACCUUUUGGAUUUUUUGCAAAUUAUGGUGUUUUUCCUGGAGUUUCGAUGGAUAAAUCGGAAUCAAGUGAUAAUACUUUGGAGAAAUUUAUGGAUGAGGAUUUUGCAAAUAAAAAAGGAGACGUAAUGUUUUCUUCACAGAGAUUAAGGGAUACAAUGAGAUAUACUUUGAAGAGGUUCGAUGAGUUGGGUGUUUUAGAUUAAUACGAAUUAAAUAGUGGAGUGAUUAGUUUAAAAUCACAAAAAUUGUAUAGGUAAAACAAAAUUUAAAAAAAAAUUACAAUAAAGAAAGAAAAAGGAAUGAUAAAGAAGUUUUUAUCAG